UGCGAAAUUAAAUAAUUACAAUUUUUGAGAAUUUAUUUUGGUGUAAAAUUUACUAUUUAUAAUUUUGACAAUACGAGUGUAUAUAUGUACUGUACGGAAUAUAUUUAACAGAAGCGGCAGCAAUAAGCACAAUCGCUGACAUUUGGGAGUUGGAAGCCAUGUUAGUAUUGAGUAUAUAUCAAUAGAGUCAGUUGCUAACAUGGUUUUAACGUGAUACGACCGGCAUUUGGAAAGCGCAUUAGCCAACUCUUGGAUAAAUAUUAAACCAGUUUUCUGGAAUAAUAAGUGCAUAGUAUUCACUUCAUAGUACAAAAACCUAACGAAUAUGCAGACAAGAGAAAAACCCCAAACAUUAUUUUGGGCCAUUCUUUUUUGUUUGUUAUGGUUAGUUAUGACAGCGGAUGAUGAUUUGGCCGAUUUCGAUUUCGUAGACCUAAAGGAAAUUGAAUGGAAUUACAACAGCGAGCAAAUCAGAGAUCAAGUAAAUAAUGCUGCUGAUGAUAACUUUAUUCAAACUUUUGUAACUAUGGGCGACUUGGAAGAAGAAAACCAAAUUCGCCCUUUUAAUUUGAGAGAACAUGUUUUGAGAAGUGCACUUUCAAAAGCAUUAACUAACGAGCACUUGCGUCAAAAAUUUGUGGAAGUUAUGCCAAUAUUACGUGCAUUAUCUCCUCAACAGCGAUUAACAUUGUCUGCGUUAAUUUCAGCACAAAUUAAUUUAAAGGGUGACCAAGGCCUAAAGUUAGAACAGGUACGUGCGAUGUUUGGAAAUGACAAGAAACUGUUACUGCCAAUUGUGUAUGAUAUUGCAAAUCUUGUACGUAAUUCAGCUCAAAAGUAUUUGAGUUUGGAUCUCGAUUCGACGAAACCAAAUAACCAAUCACAAGAUAUAGAACGUCGCAUGGACGAUGUAUCAACAACAGAAUUACUAGAUGAAGAACAUAUUGAGAAAACGGACGGUUUAUCUAUCGUUAGUGGACAAAAUAAUAACGGAGUAUCAUUAGAGGAAUUUUUCAGUGAAACUGGUGAAGAAAUGUUAGAUCCGCAAAGUAUAAAUGAGGAAUUGCAAGAAGUAUUGAAUACAACUUCGCCCCCAAUCGAACAAUUUAGUACCUUUAAUUCGAUUAAGAAUUUACCAAAGCGAACUAAACGAACGGCUACAACAUCAGAGUUUGCACAUAAAUUAAUUCGCUCAGAUUUACCUUCAAUCGAUGAUGAUGAUAUUGGUGGUCGGGUUACUCGAAAUAUGAUAAAACUGAACACCACAGCCUUUAUCAAUGCAAAAGAUAGUGAUUCUUUGACCAGCAGGAAUCGAUCUAACGGUAUUGAAUAUCUAGAUAUCGGAAAUGGCACACUUACUGAAAAUCAACUUCAACAUUCAAAGUUGCAUCAAGAAGUUGAGAAUCUUGCUUUUGCCAGUUUAAAAGAAAUCGAAGUUAAUCUACAAAACAAUAAUGAAUCAAUUGUAAAUGGAUUGGCCGAAAUUUUACCCAUACCUGAAGAGCUUAUUGCAGGUCCACGAUACCGCAUUACAAGCAAUAAAAAGCACCUCAGUCGGUCUAAACCAACAACAACGAAACGAAAACGAGGCCAAGUUUUGCCCAUUCGUUCUAAUAUUGAAGCACAACACAACGGAGGCGGAAGUAAUAACGGUGUUUUGCCACCCCAGAAAUGUGAGAGGUUCACUUCUUCUAUGUGCAUUCGAACUGAGGACUAUCCACUAGAUCUAAUAAUGGGUAGCAUUCGACGCCAUAAAAACGCUAUGGUUGCUUUGUGGGCCGAUUAUCAUGACAAGCAUAUUCAGUUAGAUGUAACUGAUGAUAUUGACGACUUUUCUAUCCGUCGUAAAGAAAACGAAGCCUCUGGAGGUGGAAUGUGUCAGAGUAUUGUUCGGUAUGCGCGCCCUCAAAAGGCUCGUUCCGCAUCUGGAGAAUGGAAAUAUAUAGUUAAUACUGGUCAGCACACUCAAACGCUCAGAUUGGAGAAAUGCAUUGCACCCCAAGAGAGUUGCUCCUAUUUGGCUCACAAAUAUCGUUCUCAUUGCACUCAGGUCUAUAAUUACCAUCGCUUGCUUAGUUGGGAUAGAACACGUGGCUUACAUGUGGAUAUAUUCAAAGUACCUACUUGUUGUUCUUGUCAGAUAGAUGGUUUGCGGCAGCAUUUUCCGUUCAAAGCAGAUACCAAAACAAGACAUUUUACAACAGCUUUAAAUUCAGAUGUUUAUUCGACUAUUAAUGAAGAGCUCGACUACAAUGACGAACAGGAUGAGGAUGAUUUAAAUUACCAACUCAAUAAUGGUCUCAAAGGAAAUCAUAAAAAGUAUGAUAACAAUGAGUUACUGUUAGAUAGUCGAUUUAAACUUCAAUCACCAAAUCCAACAUUGGGAUCAUAUUUAAUCCCACCAGGUGGCGAAGAAGAAUAUGAUUUCAUUGAUUAUAAGCAAGAACUUCAGCAUAAACAUCAUAAUUUUGGUUCUUCUUUAAGUACAUCGGCCACUACGAAAAAUAUAAUAAGGAACUCGCAACGUAGGCGGCCACAUAAAAGACUGGGCCCAGCCAAUACUUUCAAUCAGGAACGUGUAGAUUUGGAUAUUGCACCAAGUGAGCUGCAUCAGAAGCAAGAGGUAAACUUUUCUGCUAGCUCUUUGGCCAAACUUAAUAAGCGAAUUCCACAAAAACGGCAACGUAUUCAUUCUGUGCUCCAUACAGCUCCAACUAGCAUCUCAUCCAUUACUGACACCGUUAACUCUCCCAUUGCGGGGGAAAACCCAACUUCUUCAACAACGACCGUUAAACACCGAGUCGUUGAAAGUAGCAACAGCAUUACCACCAAUGCCCAUCAAACGGCAAGGCCGAACUCGAUCUAUAACGGUACUCAACAAAAACCAAGUAAUUACAGCUCCAACAACAAGGUUAACACACAUUACCAAUUUCUUGGAAAUGCAGAGCAGAACUCAAUGCCACGAUUUCGCUCAGAAGCACAGCCAAUUAUUACAUCAACCGCUAAAACCAGAAAUAGAUCAAAACCGUCAACAGCGCGUCACCCAAAUCAGUGGAGUUUUUCGCAACAUGAACAACCGACUUCCACGCAGCUUCCAUACGUUCCUUCAUUCCAUGUAAACUCCAUCCAUAAUCCUGAAUAUAAUUCAACUGAUUUUAGUAAUUCAGCAGAAACUUCUCAAGUACCAUCUGAGCCGGGUGUAAAAAGAAUAAACUAUAGCUAUCAUCCUAUUAUUGACUUUUUCGAAAAUCAAAAGUACUCUACCGUCCUGGCGACAGUAAAAACAAUAGGUGAACACAAGAAAACUGAUGAUAGUAGUGAGGGACAAAUGUAUCCUCAUAAGAUAAUGAAACCACAGACUCCACUUGUAUCGGAAGACUUAGGCGUCAACUCAAGAAAUGAAGGAAGCGGACUGAGUUUGCGUGACAGAACCGGAAGUGCAGUAGAUAAGGUCAACAGAUUUCAUAUAGAUGACAAUACCUGGCAUCCGGUUCUAAUAAAAAUGAAAGGUCAUUCUUAUUAGAAAAAUAUUUCCUAUUUAUAGACAUUUCACGAUAUGUGAGUAUGGAACGUAUAAUACAAUUUAAUUAUUCCCUUUAUAUUAUUUAUUAUUUAAUUUAUUAAGCGUGUUUAUUUAAUUAUUAAUUUAUUUUUUCGAACACGAGUUCUUUCAUAGGAAUGCAUAGCAAAUAUCCAUGUAUAUAAAUAUUUGGAUUUGUUUAAGAACAAUGAUGACCAAUAGAAAUAAGCAAAUGUUGUAGUUUAAGUAAACUCAUAUUUGAAAGAAACUUAUGGAGAAUUUCAUUUCAUUAUACAUAAAUACAUAUAAAACUACAAUUAGUGGAAAAGAAGAUGAAAUAAAAAUUGUAUGAUAUUUGUGAGUAUGCAUAAAUAAUAGGAAAACAUUAAGGGUUGACCAAAGCCUGUUUCAUAAAUUUAUAAAUAUUUUAACUUUUGACUAAAAGAAGUUACUAAAGGUUGUUUAUAAAGGGUCAAAGAUGUUUAUGUAGUUAUAUGCAUAUCAUGAAUCAUAUACGAAAAAUGAAUAAAAUCAUUACUUAUUAUUAUUGUUAAUUUCUGCAGAAAUAAAAUACACUAAUCAGAA